GCUAUAUCCUUGAUGGCUUUGCCUGCUACCGGGAGUGAGAGACCGUGCGUGGCGAGAAGUUUCCUAGCCGUGAUGGAGCUAUUGAUGUCGGUGCGGAUUCCCAUUCCUGUUGCGUGGUCUUCGAUGCUCUUGCUUGUUGACAACAGGGGUUUGCUGGCUGUGGUUUUGCGGCUGUUUCUGGUUGACGGUCCUACCGUGGGAACGACUGCACUAGGACUUUGGGUGCCGCCUAGCGCCAUUGUUCGACUCUUGGUAGUUUAGAUUGUGUACUAUUAGAUGUUGAGAAUGUUAGAUAUACUAUAAUUCUGAGAAAAAGAAAGAGAAAGGUUGAGUGUUGACGCCUAGAGGCGGCGGUCGCGCUGUUGAGCGCGAUGUUGAGGUCCGGUUUUUUCGGGGUCCUUGCUGGGGUGCCACUUGGUGUAGGUCCAAGAAGCGAUAGGAUGUAGUGCUGACAUGAGUUCCCCAAA